AUCGGGAAUGCAUCCAAACGAAUGAGCCACCAUGAUUAGGUUCAUCCUCGUGCAGAACCGUCAGGGGAAGACACGGUUGUCGAAGUGGUAUGUCCCGUACGACGACGACGAGAAGGUCAGACUCCGAGGUGAGGUGCACAGACUAGUCGCUCCGCGCGACCAGAAACACCAGUCGAACUUUGUCGAGUUUAAGAAUUACAAGAUCGUGUACAGGCGUUAUGCCGGUCUAUUCUUUUGCGUAUGUGUGGAUGCUAACGACAACGAGCUGGCGUACCUAGAGGCUAUCCACCUCUUUGUCGAAAUUCUUGACUCAUUCUUCGACAACGUGUGCGAGCUGGAUCUUGUCUUCAAUUUCUACAAGGUGUACGCCAUUCUAGACGAGAUAUUUUUGGCGGGAGAGAUUGAGGAAACCAGCAAGGACGUGGUGUUAUCGAGGUUAGAGGAACUUGAGAAACUUGAAUGAUCGGCUUCGUGUCGUAGUUUCUCUUUCUAGCAUGUUAUGAUAACGGGGACUUUAUAGUAGCACUAGCUGGAUGUUUUUGACUCGUGACUUACCUUGUUCCGCAUGAGUGGAUUUACUACGUUCAACGUUUAGGUAAAUUCCAUCGUACCCACUUGCAUCAUGCCGAGCGGUUCAUCUACUUUCCAUCUUUGUCCAUGAAGGAACCUAUUAUUCUCCGCUGCAAUGUGGCGGACAAUUGGGGUGCCAUCACGAUCGAAGACGAUGACGAAUUAUACUCC